AUGAACCCCUCUGAAUUUCAUGGUGGAACCGAUCCGACGAUAGCCGAAGAAUGGGUCAAAUCCCUAGAAGUAAUCUACAACUACAUACAAAUGGCCGAUCGUGAUCGUGUGCAUUGCGCUCUUUUCCUACAUCGAAAUGAAGCUCGUCACUGGUGGGAAGGAGUCAAAGACGGAGUCGACCUCGACACUAUACAAUGCACCGACUUCAAACAACAAUUCUUCGAAAAAUAUUUUUCCAAAGACGCACGUGCCCACAAACUGAAGGAAUUUCUAGAACUUCGUCAAGGUGCACCGCCGAUGCUCGAAUACAUCCGUCGCUUCGAACGUGGCUGUCUCUACGCCCCAUUCAUCGCUCGAGAUCCCGAAGAGAAAAAGAAUCACUUCAUCCGUGGCCUACAACCUGAAAUCCGACGAGAUAUCCGUAUGUCCGACGCCUCGACUUUCAGACAACUAGUGGACAAAGCCCUGAUGGCAGCCCAAGACGAAAAGGAGAUCCAACAGAACCGUCGAUCUCAAGGCACGAGUCAACGCCCAUGGAAGAAGGCUAACUUCGGCAACCACAAAUUCAAGGGCAACCGAAGCCAACCAUCGAAUCAAUCUGGACUCCCACAGCCGCCCAAACCAACUUGCCAACAAUGCGGGAAAUCACACUUUGGAGCUUGUGUACAAGGGACGAACAUGUGCUUCAGAUGUAGAAAGACCGGACACAUAGCAAGGGAUUGUCCGAAUGCUCCGAAUCGUGCCCAAGGACGUGUGUUUGCUAUGACAAAGGAGCAGAUUGAGCAAAAUCCCUCAAUGAUAGCAGGUACUAUAUACAUUUUCGACGAACCUGUCUAUGCCUUAAUUGAUUCCGGUUCUACUCACUCUUUCAUAUCGGAGAAUAUGAUUACAAGCCUUAAGAUCAAACCUAGUCGCUUGAAUCACGACUAUAGUAUACUCAUUCCCUCUGGCGAAGUAAUGAUCUCGGGCCUAGUAGUGACCAACUGUUCAAUCUGA